GCCCCGCCCUCCACCCCCAUUUGCAGACAAUGAGCUUCCAGGUGACAGGCCUAGGCCUGGACAAGAUGAAGCUGGGCAGUCCCCAGUCCUUCCUGGACCAGGAGGAGGCGGAGGAGGCUGAGGAUGGGCAGCUGCUGGAGCCGGAGGCUUGGAGGACCUACCUGGAGCACCGCAAUGCGCUGCGUGAGUUCCUGAGCUCGGCCCUGAGCCCCCACCUGCUCAAGCGCCACCAUGCCCGCAUGGAGCUGCUCAAGAAGUGCUCCUACUACAUCGAGAUCCUCCCCAAGCACCUGGCCCUGGGCGACCAGAACCCGCUGGUGCUGCCCAGCACCAUGUUCCAGCUCAUCGACCCCUGGAAGUUCCAGCGCAUGAAGAAGGUGGGCACAGCCCAGACCAAGAUCCAGCUCCUGCUGCUGGGGGACCUGCUGGAGCAGCUGGACUGCGGCCGCGCCGAGCUAGACGCCCUGCUCGAGUCGCCCGACCCGCGGCCCUUCCUGGCAGGCUGGGGGCUCGUGGGGCAGCGGCUGGCAGAGCUGUCGGCCGUCAUGGACAGCUUCCUGGCCAUGAUGGUGCCGGGGCGCCUGCACAUCAAGCACCGCCUGGUGUCCGACGUUGGCGCCACCAAGAUCCCGCACAUCCGCCUCAUGCUGAGCACUAAGAUGCCCGUCAUGUUCGACCGCAAGGAAUCAGUGGCCCACCAGGACUGGGUCAGCCUGCGCUGGUUUGUCACCGUCCAGCCAGCAGUGCCCGAGCAGUUCGAGCUGCGCUUCAAGCUGCUGGACCCACGGACACAGCAGGAGUGCACGCAGUGUGGCAUCAUCCCUGUGGCCGCCUGCACCUUUGACAUCCGCAACCUGCUGCCCAACCGCUCCUACAAGUUCACCGUCAAGAGAGCGGAGAGCUACACGCUGGUGCACGAGCCCUGGCGGGACAGCCUCACCCUGCAGACCCGGCCGCGGCCCCCCAAAGGGCCAGCCCCCAGUCGGCUGGGCAGGCCAGGCCCACCCCUGACCACACCUCCCAAGAGAUGAUUUCCUAAUAUUUAUCCACUAAUACAGAGGAGUAUAAACUCACUUACACAAUUCAAGAAACAAAUCUACUUCCGUUUUAAAGGUGGCAGCAGCCACACGAGUGCUUUUCCUGACUCAGCCAAGCCCCCACUCCCCGAGCACUGAGAACCAGCUUCCUGUCCACCACCACGCACACACCGUGGCGGUCGCUAGGACCGCAGGCCCUCUGAGAAGACAAGGUGUGGCGGGCAGGGUUUUCGGGAGCUAGGAGAACUGACAGAGGUGGUCUAGUAAGAGAGAGGGGUCCCCAACUCUGUCAGAAAGGCCAAGCCCCCUCCCCCCAGCUAUGGACAGUGUGCUUGGCAGUGUUGGGGUGGGCUCAGCCUGGGUGGAGGCCCCCUCCCAAGCCUCUCCAACCGCUGACCCGCUGUGUGCUCCUGUGUGCCAUCAAGCCAAGACUGUCACACACUCUGUGGCACCAUGUGGCUUGAGGGACUCUCUCCUGGAUGUCUGGCAGGAUGGAGUCACCCCAGACGCCCAGAGGUCCAGGGUAGAGUCAUCAUCUUGUUCAGGAAUGACCAGAGGGGUGGGGUGGGUGCAGGGUAGAGAGGGCUGGGGAGGGGACCAGAGAUUGGGGUUGGAGCUGGAUCAUACAGAUCCCACCGACAGAGGGGGAGCGUGAAAUCGGGGAUCGCCGAGGGAGGCACAUAUGGGCACACGGGCUGGGGGACUUCCGUCCUGGCUCCUCCCGCCCCCAGCCCGGCCUCGGGGCCUCAUCCGGAAGACACUGCGCAGAGGCCAGCCUCCCGGCAGCGCCGCCACUGCAAGUCCCCGGCUGUGAGCGGCUCCGCGGCGCCCUCCCGGUGCGGCCCCCGAGGCUGGGGCGCAGAUCCGCCGCCUCCCGUCGCCCGCCCCCGCUCACCUGCCGCGCCCUGGCCCUCGCCCCGCCCCCGUUCACCUGCCUGCCCCGCCCCCUCGUGCACGGACUGGCUGAAAAUCGCGCCCCUGGCUUGAAACCGUGACCCUAAUUGCGGCGAGGCCGAGCCCUUUGCCAGCGGCCUGCCCUGCGCGCAGCUGCCCGACCGCCGUCCAGCCCCGCUGCCCGCCGGCGCGCGCCCUCGAGGCCUCAACGCCCCUUCCUCCCGGAAGCCCUUCCUGCCGGAAGCCCUUCCUGCCUCUCGGCGGAUGCGGUCCUCAUCUCCGUCUCGGCGUCGGCUAGUCUUCUGUUCAAGCGCUUUUCGCUAGAUACGGUAAAAUUUCUCCACGCUUUCGUGGCUGCCCGAGAACACACGUGCUCUCCCAGGUGGGGCCCACCUGCCUCACUCCACCGCCUCACAGUGAACACGCGGGAUGCGGAGGCCCGGGGACCCCUUUUCCCUGCGAUUUCCGUCCGUCCGUCUGUCUGUCUGUGACCUCCUAACCCCUCUCACGCCAGGGCUGGCGCUUAGGGAGGCCGGGCCCUGCCAUGCCUUCCCCUGGGGAGCUGGUGCUGUCCAGUUGGAGGCACUGGAGACCCGACCACAAACGAGCCGAAUGCUGAGUAGCCCAGAUCAGCCUGGAGGGCCCCGCGAUGCCCAAGGGUCCUG